AUGGACAGUGCGCUACACGAUCUCCCGGGGAAAACCCUCGACGACUCCGGAGCAGCACCGUCACCAGCGGCGCUGAGUGGGCUCCGUCGCGUCCCUGAUAAAUUUCCACCCGUGGCCUUGCUGAUCCUUAUUGUCGAGUUGGGUGAACGAUUCACUUACUUCGGGCUGAGUGGACCUAUUCAAAACUAUAUCAACAACCCGUAUGAUCCUGGGUCAGAUCUGCCAGGUGCCCUCGGCAAGGGCCAAGCGGUGGCAUCAGCCUUGGGGAACUUCUUCAAAUUCUGGGCAUAUGCGUCCACAAUAAUAGGUGCAAUCAUGGCAGAUCAGUAUUUAGGGAAGUUCAAAGCCAUCGCCGUCUCACUAGCGAUAUACAUUGUUGGUCUAAUUGUUUUGGUGAGCACAUCGACACCGCAAGGGAUUCAAAGCGGCGCUGGCUUUGGAGGCCUUAUUGCAGCAAUGGUCAUCAUUGGUCUAGGCACAGGUGGCAUCAAGGCGAAUGUGACGCCGAUGUGUGCUGAGCAGUACCAGAAUGCAGAGCCUGUAGUGAAAACGCUCAAGUCAGGGGAACAGGUCAUUGUGGAUCCCGAACUAACUGUCGAACGCCUCUUCAUGUGGUUCUACUGGGUAGUCAAUGUCGGAGCUCUUUCGCCUUUGAUUACGGUCAAUGUCGAGGCGAAGAAGUCAUUCUGGCUGGCCUAUCUAAUACCUUUGAUAGCCAUUAUACUGUCGGGAGUUGUGUUUUUGGCGGGUCAAAAACGUUACGUUAAGAUUCCACCAAAGGGGUCAGCUAUCAUCGACGCGUGCCGUGUAUUGAAUAUUGUCCGCCAGGAGAAGCAUUUCAAAAAUGCAAUGCCCUCGGCUCUUCAGGAAUCAGGAAACUUGAAUAAGUAUCCGUUCGCACUGGCUCCUCAUUAUACAGAUGAGUAUGUCUCAGACGUUCGUCGAGGCUUCAUGAGCUGCAGGAUGUUUAUUUUCUUUCCCUUUUAUUUUAUCUGUUGGAUCCAGAUCUGGAACAAUCUCAUUUCUCAAGCCGGGCAAAUGGCCCUGCAUGGGACCCCGAACGACCUCCUUCAGAACCUAGACCCAAUUGCCCUGUGCAUUUUCAUCCCGCUACUUGACUUGGGGAUCUAUCCAAUGCUUCGCAAAUUCAAAAUCAACUUCAGUCCAGUGCGCCGGAUUUUCACUGGAUUCCUUCUGGCCUCGUUUUCAAUGGUAUAUGCUAGCGUCUUGCAACAUUACAUCUACAUCUCUCCUCCGAACAGUAUACAUGUGUGGAUUCAAGCCCCCGCAUAUAUUUUCGUCGCCUUCUCAGAGGCCUUUAUCAUUGUCACCGGUCUUGAACUUGCAUUUACGCAUGCGCCUAAAAAUCUGAGGUCUGUAAUUUCGGCCCUUUUCUGGCUUACGAUUGGCAUUGCUGCUGCAAUCUGCAUCGGUUUAAGUCCGGUUUCACAAGAUCCUUAUCUUGUUUGGAUGUAUGGGUCACUCGCAAUUGUUGGGUUUGUGGCAGGAUGUUUGUUUUUCAUUUGCUUUCGAAAGAGUGAUUCCCUCGACCCGGUUGCGCAACGUCUUUUUGAAGGUGUACCGGUAGGAACUUACGCGGCAGCGGAUACCUCCGAUCGUGUGGGAAAUGGAAAGUCUAGUGAAUAG